AAGAAGCCUUGAAAACGACCAGAAGUCCCUUAAAAUCCAUCAUCUCAAAGUUGGAUUUACGUAAACUGGAUUUUGUGGAAUCACACUCAGAAUCAGUAGCGUUUUGUUUUCUCUUGUGGUUUUUGUUAUACGUUAUGGUGGUUCGAUUGAUUUUAAGAUUCUGAAUUAAGUAUUUGACUUGUCUGGAGUUUGAAAAGAUGAUGCUGCAUUUUCGAGAACCAGCUAAGCUUAAAACCAAGAAAAUUAUUUUCGAGGAUAUAUUCGCUGCGCGUGAUUCUGCCACAUUAGAGCAUUUGAAGGAACUAAGUUGUAAGCGUAAAGUAAUCGAGGAUUCCAUAAAUCAAAGCAGCUAUAUUACAGAGGCCAUUGCAAGAGAGAUAUCUGGAGGAUUAACUUGUCCAUUUCAACAGGACCUCCACAAACUGGAACAGUAUCUACCAUUGCUGGAAAACUUGAUUUUUCAUGUUGAUUUGGUUAGCAGCAACCAGCAGUUAGUUCAGUGGACUUCAGAACUCAAAAUAAGAUGGUGUAGUGCCCUUAGCUCAUCAUCUUUUUUUAAUCUUUUGGGUCCCAAGUUUUAUCAAAUUGAUAAUUUACGGUUUGAGCUUGGUAUGGUUCUUUUCCUCUAUGGUGCAAUACUUCGAGAGAGAGCUCUAGAGGUCAUCCCGGCAGAUUUGGUGCAAUCUGCUGCUCUCUUCAGAGAAGCUGCAGGAGUUUUUCAACAUCUGUCUCAAGAGGUUUUCCCGUCUUUGCAGACAGCUUUGCCAGCUGAAAGGCCACCUGAAGCUACUUCAUAUAUGUCUGAUGUAAUGAAAUUAAUUUGUCUGGCUGAAGCCCAGGCAGUAACUAUUAGGAAGGCUGAAGAAAAAGGAACUACUGUUGCUCUUUUGGGGAAGCUGCACUAUGGUGUUGCAGAGAUGCUUGGUGAAGCCACUGAUAUUCUAUAUUCAUCAAAUGGAGAGUGCAAAGAUAUUUCAUCUCGCUUCAUGGAAUUUGUAUCAUCUUGCAAAGCUUUACAUGAAUUAAGGAGUCAGAAAUACCUUGCAGAAAGUCUAAAGGUUACUUCCCAAGUUGGGGUUGCUAUUGGAGUUAUUCGUGAUGCAUUGCAGAAUUCGAAAAAAAAAAUGCCGGGGGAAGAACCACAGAAAUCUGCCUUUAAAAAGGAAAUCGAUGCUGCUGCUGAUCUCCUUAUGAAGCUUGAACAUGAGAAUGAAUUUGUCUGGUGUGAUAAGAUUGCCAGUGGUGAUGAGUUGCCAUCACUCCAAGAGCCUGUCCUGUUUGAAACCUUGAAGCCAAGGUUAUUGUGCAGAAGGAGUGAUGUAAUGUUUGAGGGUUACCAACUUUAAAACAUUCUUGUACAUUUCUGGGAUUGGCCGAUGAGAAGAAGACAGCUCGAUUUGUUGUUCGGUCGAGUUGAAUGACCCAAGAUUUUGUGAUAAUUUUUUAUGAUUGAUUAUACUGGUAGGCUCUCCCUGCUCACUACUUAAUGGAAAC